AUGGCAGCAAUAACAGCGUUGUCGUUAUGGGAGGCUCGUGCAUCGACAUCCAUCGUGCUUCCCACUGGCUGCAACUCUAUUGAUGUACUGUUAGCUGGAGGUUUUCGUUCUGGUAUGAUAACAGAAUUAUGUGGUGAAGCUUCGGCUGGAAAAACGCAAUUGUGUCUCCAAAUACUGCUGCAGUGCUGUUUGCCACAAUCUCUUGGUGGAUUGCAAGGCACGGCUUGCUACAUUUGUACGGAAGGUGUGGGAUCUGUUAAGCGACUGCACGAUCUUGCUCAGGUGUAUGCAAAGAGAUAUGAAGCAGUACUGAGCAUUGGUACUAAACGCAAACGCGGUGAAUCAAUGACGACAAAGUUGUCGAGCAGUGACUUCCUCGACGGUAUUUUUAUUGAGCAGCUCUACACUGUCGACGAGUUAAUGAUGCUAUUGCAAACAAGACUGCCGGCGCUACUGGCGGAACAGAAUACCAAGCUCGUGGUACUGGACUCCGUAGCAGCAGUUUUUCGUCUCGAGUCCACAUCCUCCGUCAAGGACGCAGCGGAACGCUCACGCACCAUGUUUCACAUGACUAACUGCAUGCGCAUUCUGAGCGACGAGUACGGUGUCGUGUUUGUGGUGACCAAUCAAGUAACGGGUGACUUUGACCCUCGCUCGGCAGCAAAUGGGAACGGCCUAUGUCCGGCAUUAGGGCUCUCGUGGUCCCACUGCAUCAACCAGCGCCUCAUGAUCUUUAGGAACAUUGCAUCAACUCAACGUCAACUUGAGGUGAUGUUCUCGCCGCAUCUUCCGUCAAAGACGUGCAAUUUCCAAGUUACGAGUGAUGGCGUCCGACCGAUAGACGGAGACUGA